CAAAAUCUGCACGGAGGACAGGCAAAAACAAUAGAGAAGAGAAUAAGAUUGCAGGGCUGUUGCAUGCUGUCGCUUGAAUGGCGGAUAGAUUGCUUGCAAGGAUGCCGCAGAGCCCAAAGUAAAGGUUGCCUUGCCAGUGACUCUGCUGACUUAGGAAAGCUGGUAAGAAGUCACUGAAAAGCUGAGCUGUUAGUGGGGGCUUUGGAUACUUAGCGAGUUGAUUAAGAUUGUCCAAGUUGAGGGGCUCUACAGCAUCUUAGUCCCAAGAAAACAGAGGAAACCCCUCAGGCUCCCAUCUAGUGAUGCCAGACUGAUAAGAACUUGGAACAAUGCAAGUGGCAGCACCAGCGGUCUCUGCCGCUCAGCCCGUCGGUGUUGCGCCCCCCAUAAUCGCAGCAUCAGAGGGUGGAAGUAGGGCGGGCAUAGAUGCAACACCUAUGCAGCCCGGGGGAACUGCAAGGGCGGAGGCUUCGCAGCCAGCGUUAGCAAGCAAUGUGGACAAGACGAACGGGGCCGUUUCUUCUCAGCCGGCCUUGACCCCCCCAGCUGUCGCCAACGCCAUGCAAGCGCCCCCUGGCGCUGAGGCAUCUGCAAACUCGGCGGACGUCGUCCGGUUGUACACCAACGCUGCUGAGGCAGCCAAAAGCUCCUCCCUCCAGGCGGGCGCCAAGUUCCCUACGAUCCCCCCCGCCCCCCAGCCAACCUCUGUUCUUUCCAGCAUAAACGAUUGGGCCCACCACCCGCCCCCCCCUCCGCAGCUGGACACACGGUCCCCCUUGGAGAAGCGUGGGUGGCUUCCACCUCCUGUCCACGUGCAGGCCCCUGCUUCUCUCCCAGGGGGUGACCAGCCGUUCCGGUUCCCCAAGGUACCCCCCCCACCGCUGCCCCCCGGACAGGUUCCUGUUCAGGAGGGCCCCCCGCCGGCAAAGCGGGGCCGACCGCGAAAGGACAAGACGUCAGGGGCGCUGCCGGCGCCGGAGAUACCGACUGUAGUGGGGGGGCAGAACCUGGGCUGGCCAGCGACUGAGCAGCCGCCCCCCCCCGCGCCACUGCCACAUCUGGGAGGCCUGGGCGCUUUACCACAAGCAGCAGCGGGGGUACAGCCGCAGAUUGCUAAUGUAGGCCCCCAGCAAGCCAUGCCCGCUCAUGCUACCCCCCCGCAGCAAUCGUCUCUGCCAAACGUCUUGUUUGCGGAGUGGUACAUCCAGCGGCUUGGGUGGCUGGCAAACGCGCUGAUGAACAGGCCGAGGCCUAAGGAGGAGGUGCGCGACGUCCCGUGCGGCAUCUUCCUGACGGCGCUCGAGAAUGACGGGAUCCUCCGCGUGCAGAACGACCUAAACCUCAAGAGCUUCUCGCAUGUCGUCGGUGCGAUCGGUUCGGGCACGCUGCUGGACGACAUCCUCAGGAGCCACACGGCCAUUGUGGUGGACAUGCUCCAGCGCCAGGAGGCGGAGCGCAAAGAAGCGCUCGAGCUCAUGACGCGCGCGCAAGAAAAGAUUGCGCACCUCGAGAUGGAGCUGCGAACCGCCACCUACAAGCUCGCAAGCGAACAGGAAGUCACCAAGCGCCUCAUGAACGCGCUCAAGUCCGUUCAAGGUGCCGGGCUAACCGACGCCCAGCAGACCGCGCUCGGAAGCCAGUCUAACCUGCUCGAUAACCCGGGGUUGAAGCGGGGUUACACCGGGGCGAGCGGCGUUGUCGAGAUCGUCGACUUGGAUCCGGAGGUGGUUGGCGCAAAGUGGGGUCGCGGGAGGCCUCGGAAAGACGACCCGACUGCCAAGAUGGUCACUCUGCCACGUGUACCGGGGUUGGUGGCUAACCCGGUGGCUAACCGGACCCUCCCAUCGAGCGCAUCUCCGGCCAGUAAUGUCGCUCCAGUGGCAACCACCGCCGCUCCUGGGGUUACUGCUCCAGGGACACAAUCAGCCGCUGCCCCUCCGGGGGUUUCUCCACCUCAGAACACCCCCCCGAAAAGCGCUGAGCAAACGAACCCCCAAACCGUGCCAAGCCUGCCCAUAUCCAGCGCACCCACUAUCGCGCCCCCAGCAACCGUGAGUAUCCAGCCUCAGCCCCCGGUUCUUCCACCCACUACAAGCGGAGGGCUUCUGAGCCUGGCGCCGGCGCCCCCCCUUUUCAAGCCAGUCGCGCCUAGCAUCACCAGCGCAGCGCUCGCAAACAUCGCCCCCGUGCCGCCGUUCACGGGGAUCCCUCCCCCGUCACCAUUCGAGCUCCCGGAACGGACGUCCAUUGCGCUGUCCAACGGGCGCGGCGCGCGGACGACGUCAUUCUUCGAGGUCCCCGAGCGGCUGACGGUGGAAGAGGCGGCGCGGCGCGCGAGCCUCCCGGGUGUGUUUGCGGUGCCGGAGAAGACCACGGUUGAGGAGGCAACUAGAGCGGCGAUGAGCGAGCGGCCGGCGCCGUUGACGGAGGAAGCGUUGGGGGCGCUCCGGGCAGGGUUCGUUCUGCCGGAGAGAGUCUCGCUCAGCGGGCGACCCAAGUCGGGGAGCGUGAAGAGCGCAGGGGGGGAUGUUGAGAUGAGGGAUGCAAAGAGCGUGCCUGGUGGGGGAGACGAGCAGGCUCAAAAGGAGGGGGGCGAUACGGAGAUGGCGGAGGCUGGGGAAGGUGACGUGGCGCCAGCACCGGCCGGCAAUAAUCCUGAGGAUACGAGCGGAGCAAAGCUUCCGGAGAUUGGUCUCGCACCGGGGGAGUCAGAGAACGUUCCUGCCGUGGGGUCGAACCCCCGUGCGGUGGGGGUCGGAGACGCCGCCGAAGCAGGGGGAGUGCUCUCCAGCGCCGAAGCAAGGGGAGUGCUCUUUAGCGCCGAAGCGAAUGAAGCGGACGAAGCUAAGGACGCGGUCGCCGAAAACAAGGCGUCUCCGAUGGAGUCAGGGCGAGGGGAAGCCGCCGCUAAGGAAGCGGAGACCCCGAUGCUCGACGAUGCAGAGGAGAUUGAUGCACUGGAAGGCCCAGUGGAGUCGGCCGAGGAGAAGACGAGAAGAGGUCAAGCGCAGAAGGAGGAUGAGAGGAGCCCGGAGAAGAGCACCGGGCGCCCCCCGGAGGCGGCCCUGACGCCGCUCAGGCGUUCGGGGCGGCACAAGUAGGGCGGGGCGAGCGAGAGGUUGGAGCCCGACGGCCAGUCCGGUCAAGUUUUGCGCAUCUGUUGAGGCAGAGCGCUGCUUCAGACAUACGGUGCAUGGGUCCUUGUUUCAAAAAUCUGCCCGGACGUUACACGUCGCAUGGCCCCUGUGCAGCUUAGCCAACUUUCAGUUGAGGUCAGGAGGAUAGAAAUGCAUGCCAUCCAUCAAGGACUGGCCAUUACGUGAAUUAUUGGGAAGCAGGUUGAACGAGUUCACCUUGCUCAACGUUUUUGCGACAGAUAUUCGGUGUAACUUCCCAAAUCCUCGUUGUCGAU